AUUCGAAGUUUUACCGAUGUGUUCCUCCAAUGUUUCAGCUGAAGCAUUCUGCAAUGGAGGAUAAAAGUAUCAAACAACUCAAGCAACCUUUAAUAUUGCCUGAGCCUCAAGGUGUUAUAGUUCCUGAAGUUCGAAUCCUUCCAUCGAAGUCUCCGAAAUCUCAAGCAUCAUCAAAUGCCAGUGACGAGGAAUUCGUACAGGGCGGCGAUAGCGAGAUGCGAAAUGAACAAGCCAGCUCCCACCAGCCGCCUGGCGGCCAAGAGGGGCGGACGCAUAAAGACUACGAGUACAGUCCCGUGCCCGCAAGUGAUUCGCAGACCGCCAACGGUUCGGACACCCUUCAAGAAACCCAAUUUUUUCCUCCCGCCGACGAUAUCGAUCAUCACAUCCGUCGCCACCUCCACGAAGACUCCGAGAUGACGGAAAGAGGUUCAAGGUUACUCCAGUACCUCGGUUCCUUCGCGGCGAACUGCGGUGCUGUGGCAACCGGGGCCGCAAUGGGGUGGAGCAGCCCCGUCUUGCCUAUGCUUAAGGAAUCCCCAGUGAAUUCUAACAACCCCUUUGGUCGGCCAGUUACCAAUGAAGAAGGAUCUUGGAUAGGUUCUUUGGUUGCAAUGGGUGCUGCAUUCGGUGGAUUUGGUGCUGGGUUCGUCAUUGAAAAAUAUGGUCGAAAAACUGCCCUUCUUGCGAGUGUAAUCCCAUUCGUUAUUGGAUGGAUACUGACAGGGACUGCUGCUUACGUCGUGCAACUUUACAUAGCACGAAUUUUCUUUGGGUUUGCAUCAGGACUUUGCUUCACAGCACUCCCUAUGUAUGUCGGUGAAAUUGCUGAGACGCCGAUCAGAGGAGCACUUGGGUCUCUCUUCCAAAUGUUCAUUACAGUGGGUCUCUUAUACUCCUACGCUAUUGGACCCUACGUAUCAUACACGGUUUUAUGGAUCUGCUGUAUUUGCGUGCCCCUUAUCUUCUUUCUAUUGUUUCUCACUUUACCUGAGAGUCCGUAUUACUACCUAAGCAAAGGACGCAAAGAAGAUGCUAUCAAAUCUGUCGCUAGACUCAGAGGAAAAUCUGCAGCUGGUGUCCAAAAAGAAGUUGAUGAGAUGCAGGCCGUAGUAGAAGAAGCGUACAGGAAUGAAAGUUCCUAUGCCGCCUUGUUCACAGUAAAGGCUAACUUCAAAGCGCUGUUGUUGACUUGUGCGCUAGUGUUUUUCCAACAAUUCAGUGGAAUCAACGUAGUUUUGUUCUACACCGGAGACAUAUUCAACGCCGCAGGUGGAAACUUGUCCAGUGAUGUUGCCACCAUUAUUGUUGGUGUCGUGAUGCUCGCUGCUUCUUGUAUCACUCCUCUCGUCGUUGAGAGACUCGGCAGGAAAUUGCUGCUUAUUGCUUCGUCGCUCGGUCAAACAGUAUCGAUGGGCACUCUUGGUCUCUACUUUUACCUACAGCAUAUCAACAGUGAUCUGACUAAUAUAACUUGGCUACCUGUGGCAUCGUUGGUCGUCUUCAUGGCAACGUACAGCUUCGGCUGGGGUCCUCUGGCAUGGGCCGUAAUGGGUGAACUUUUCGCCUCGGAUGUAAGAUCCAAGGCCUCAAGUUUAACCGUGGUGUUUUGCUGGAUUUUAGCAUUCUGCAUAACGAAAUUCUACUCGAAUAUCGAGGAUAGCUUGGGUAAUUAUACUGCAUUUUGGAUCUUCGCCGUAAUUAGUUUCGGCGGUGUCUUCUUCGUGUACUUUUUGCUACCCGAAACCAAGGGCAAGACACUUCAACAAAUUCAAGACGAGCUAAAUGGAAUAAAACAUAGUAAUAUUAUCCCAACCAACAGUUCUAGCCCUACUAAACAUUGAGUACAAACUUUGCUGUUCGUUACGAAUACUGCAGUAGCCUGUGAUACGAGUCAAACAUUCCUUAUAAUUAAAAUGUGUUUAAUUUCAAAUACACAUUAACCCUAGCUAUGAAUUUAGCCUGAUAUAUGUAUGUACGUGUCACGGCAGAUGAUAUAGAUACAGUGUCAAAUAUUAAUGUGCAGACCUAAUCGUAACACCUUUCUGCAACAUGUAAGCAUAGAGUUCUAGGCUUUUGGCUCUUGUUAUUUACAAAACGACAAUAAUGAUUUGAAUAAUAUUAUCCGGUCUCACAAUCAGCGGACGAAACUUUAUGCGCCUUGGCACUACAAACUAGUAAUCACCUUUCAUAAGAGUUGGUUAUGUGAAUUUUUUCACAUUAGGAGAAAUGAAGUAAGUCAAGAUAUCAUCAUUCAAGUAUAACAAGAAGACACAGAAACAAAAUUGCAGAGUUUGUUUAUUCUAUAAAAUCUGGACAAAAAUACAACAAACCCGCGAAACAUGAUGUCAGAAGUGCCCUGCUUGACAUGGAAGAACUUAUAUACAUAUAGAUACCUAGAUACGUACUUAAAACGUUGAGAAAUUAUACGGGUAAAAGUGGCACGCAAUAUGCUGGUUCGGACGAAUUUAAUUAUUUAUACAUACAUAAACACUUCGCUGUUGUUCAUUUGUAUAUUUAAAGACCACUGUACAUAGGUAUCGCAUGUGACGUUGUGUAACAUCGUAUGCGGCACAUUAAUCAGUUAUCUACAGCUUUGUCGAUACGUGAAGAGCUUUCACAGAUAUGGAUUGAAUAUUUAAAAAAUUAGUAUAGACAUGAUGGCUAUAAAUUAUGUUCAUAAUAUAAAUUUUUAGUUUCUGAAAGCUUAAGAGCGUACGACAACGUAUUACUUUUAGCAAAGGAAUAAAUUUGUAUUCAGUUGCCAUUCUAUUCAUAUGAUAUCAUCGCUCAUUAAUUGUUAGCUAUUUGCAAUCAUCAUGAGGUACAACGAUCUACUAAAAGUCUAUUAUCAAAUAUAGUACAUCGCAUCACUGUAUUAUGUGUAUAUAAGUAAUAUAUACAAUACAACAUAAUAUAAUAUGUGUAUGAUGAUAUUUAUAGUGUACCGCUUGUAACGCAAAUACAGAAUUUAGAAUAAUGUGUAGUGACUUAUAUCUUAGCCUACGUACUAUAAUGUGACGCCAUGUAAAAAUGUAUAUAUAUAUUUCCAUUCAUAUUGCGAAUACGAUCGCCUCCGCAAAUCUUGUUGUUACAUCAAAUAAGAUACUUGUGAUAAUAUUUUGUGUAAAUAGUGAACUUCAAUAAUUAAAUACAUUAUACAUGAAAGUGA